CCUCCCUGCCGUUAUAUUAUCGGCUAUACCUAUAUUGAGACACAUGAUCUUAAUUCAAUCUUAAUUCGCUUCUUCUGCUCCAUCCGAGAUAUCCAUUCCUGUACUUUUUGAUCAUAUUGUCUUCAUUUCAAAUAUGAAUCCUGAAGAUGAAUGUUCGGGCUCUUAUUCGUCGUCCUCUUCUUCUUCGCAUGAUCAUUCAGUCGCGGAAAACUCUACCAGACGACCGCCUCCGUCGCAGAAGCGGAAGGCCGGGAGGAAGAAGUUCCGGGAGACCCGCCACCCGGUUUACAGAGGCGUCCGGCAGAGAAAUGGCAACAAAUGGGUGUGCGAAAUGCGAGAGCCCAACAAGAAGUCCAGAAUAUGGCUGGGCACCUUCGCCACUGCGGAGAUGGCUGCCAGAGCCCACGACGUGGCCGCGCUGGCCCUCCGAGGCCAUGCGGCCAAGCUCAACUUCCUGGACUCCGCGGCCGUGCUUCCCAGGGCCAAGUCGGCUUCGGCGUCGGACAUCCAAGUUGCCGUGCUCGCGGCCACUAGGAUUAAUUUGUAUAGUCUAUCCGAUGAGGCAAGUACUUCGAGGAAAGCUACAAGGCCGCCUUCGAUUACUUUGCCAACUAACGUCGGCGUUCGAAACAGUUUUAUGAAGCCGGCGGCGGAGGGAGGUGAAGAGGUUUCCGGUGCGUUUGUGGACGAGGAAGCGCUGUUCAAUAUGCCGGGUUUGAUAGAUAGCAUGGCGGAGGGUUUGAUGCUUACGCCACCAGCCAUGAAAAGAGGGUUCGAUUGGGAUGAGGUCGAGGGCAGUUCUGACAUGGAUUUGACGCUGUGGAGGGACUGAUUGCUUAGGAAAAUAAUGUCGGAUCGAAGUUCCAUAUAUCGUAUAUUAAUCAACGAUGGUACGUAAUCGGCUAGGUUACGUUAGGUGUAAAUGAAGCUUUCGUUGCAAAUAUGUAAGCCUGUUCGUACGUAGCUUGAAGCUUUCUGACUAUAUGUGAGGAUUGCAAUCGAGGAUUCUGGUGUUUAAUCAACCCUUUAUCCCCUUGAAAUGAAAAAAACAAAAAAAAAGGAGUAAAUUUCAUCUAUCCUCUAUGAUUUGA